GUCAUUGUGCGAAAGCUGUAAGCAAGCAAGAAGAGAGCGAGUAAGCGAGCAGAGUGUGUGUGAAGCGAGCUGAGAGAGCGAGGUGAGAGAUUGCGUUUGGGUUAUUCGGUGUGUGUGUGUGUGUGUGGUGCGUGUUGCGGAAGGACGGCAUCAGAAGAGACAAACGCGUUGGCUUGCUCGAGAGCUGCCCGCGCGGAGUGCAAGCAGGAAGCCUGGCCUCAAGCGGUGGAGAGUCGGACGACGGUGGGCUCGCUCCGCCACCGCGCAAAAGGUCCCGUAGUUCCCUGCCGACUACCCAGAGGCCAGCUGCCGCGGCCACACAGGCCCACGAGCAGUUUUGCAGCGGCAAUCAGGAGCAGGCCCACCGUACAUCCUCGGACAACCAACCAAACCCUAAAGACAUGGACAAUUAUCGUGCGAUGCAGCAACAGCAGAGCAGCGCCAAUGGAGCACCAUUGGAAGUGGUUGCUUCUCCCGGAUCCCAGCAGAACGGAACCGUUUGCGCGGACUCCGGAGGAGGUGGUACUCACACCACCAAUGGGAACCUCAUCGCCGAAACUGACGGAGACGCUGUUGAGGUCAACGGUAAGGAUACCGAGACCAGCGUUGUCCCAGUCAAAAUUAUGGAUCAAACCAACCAGGACAUUGUUAGACUCAUUGGACAACACUUAAAGGCAGUGGGAUUGGAUCGCACUGCUGAACUGUUAAUGCAAGAGUCUGGUUGUCGACUGGACCAUCCUGCAGCUGAUAAGUUUCGCCAGCAUGUGAUGGACGGAGAGUGGGUCAAGGCUGACCAUGAUCUCAAUGAGCUCAAGUGCUUCUUGGACAGUUCAAACCAAAGUCUUGUUGUGAGCACUGUUUUGAUUUUGAUGUGCUACUUUUACAUGACAACGAUUGUUACAUGUGUGUUAUGCUUGCAGGAGAUGAAGUUUUUACUUUCGGAACAAAAGUAUCUGGAGUAUCUUGAAGAUGGACUUAUGCUGGAAGCUCUUCAAGUUUUGCGUAACGAGCUCACACCUUUAGGGCACAAUACUGUUCGUGUUCAUCAGCUGUCUGCAUUCAUGAUGUGUAGUGGCAGUGAAGAGCUACAGUCGCGUGCUGGUUGGGCAGGUAAAGGGUUAGCAUCGAGAACAACUCUGAUGGAUAAGCUACAAAAGUACGUUCCCCCAUCGAUAAUGCUGCCUCCGCGCCGACUUCAUUCCCUCCUCUGUCAAGCUGUGGAAAUGCAACAGCAACAGUGCACUUACCAUAUUGCUCAAACACAGACAAACCUCGAAAACGUUUCGCUACUAGUCGAUCACAAUUGUAGUAAAGAUAACUUUCCAUGUCACACCACACAAAUACUCAACGAUCACUGUGAUGAAGUGUGGUACUGUAAGUUCUCUCCUGAUGGUUUGAAACUUGCUACUGGAUCAAAAGAUACGGCCGUGAUAAUUUGGGACGUUGAUCCUGAAACACUUCGAGUAACGCAUAGGAAAACGUUGGAGGGCCACACGUAUGGCGUAGCACUAAUUGUUUGGAGUCCGGAUAGUACUCAUCUGAUAGCCUGCGGUCCGGAAGAUUGUCCAGAAUUAUGGCUAUGGAGUAUUGACUCGCCCGAAUGCGAGUUACGCGUCAAACUCACUCAGAGUACCGAAGACUCUUUGACCGCCUGUGCUUGGCAUCGCGACUCCAACAAGUUUGUCACUGGUGGACUUAGAGGUCAAUUUUACCAAUGUGAUAUGGAUGGUAAUGUUUUGGAUUCGUGGGAAGGAGUUAGGGUCAAAAGUCUAUUCUGUCGUAGCGAUGGAAAGACGGUGUUGGCCGCAGACUCGCACCACCGCAUCCGCUCAUAUAAUUUCGAUGACUUAAACGAAUUCACCGUACUACAAGAAGACCAUCCGAUCAUGUCGUUUAGCGUAAAUAAAGCAGAUCGUCAAGCUCUUCUUAAUGUUGCUCAUCAGGGAGUACAUCUGUGGGAUUUACAGGAUAAAUGCUUAAUUAGACGUUUCCAAGGGGUUACUCAGGGGCAUUUCACUAUUCAUAGUUGUUUCGGUGGUGUUAAUCAGGAUUUUAUUGCGUCAGGCAGUGAAGAUAACAAAGUUUACGUAUGGCAUAUAAAGAAAGAGUUACCCAUAGCUACGUUAACGGGACACAGCAGGACUGUCAAUUGCGUAUCUUGGAAUCCUGUUCACCAUCAGAUGAUGGCUUCUGUUUCCGAUGACUUUACAGUCAGGAUAUGGGGUCCUAAGUCUGCAACGCCUGAAGCCGAAUGAUUUGUUCACAGCCUUAGAUGGUGAAGCCUCAAAUGGAAGUGAUUGGAGCAUCAUCGACAUGGUGUCGUAGCAAACAUGGUCCCAAUCAUGUUCCAAUAACCCCAUGGUGUUCAAAAGACUGUCGUGUUGACUAUCACUCGAACUUUCCUGCCCUUAAACAACUUCGUUAUACCUCAAAGCUACUCCCGUUAUCGCGCGAUUACGUUGUGCACAUUAGGAAGUAGUUCAAGAGGUAUGUUCAGUUAAAAAUCGAUCGAAGCUCAUACUGAAAUUGUAGAGCAGUCAAAUGGUACUCAAAUAUUUCGCUGUUUUUUUAAUACACAUACGCAAAUGAAUCAUCUUAGUUAAAUUUCAGUAAAUUUCAGUUUUUUAAGAUACAUACGCCAAUAAAUUAAUUUAGGUAUUCUCGGGAAAAGUAGCAGUUUUUCUUUCAUUUUAAUCAAACUGACUUUUAAAACCGUUUCUCGUCACUAAUACGUUUGCAAACAGACUUCUAAUUUUUCAUAAAUAUAACUGUUGAACAUUUUUGCUGGACUAUUUAUUAGACUGCUAAUACGGGAUUAUUCAGGGAGGAGUAAAGAUUAUGUUGACAAAAUCAUAAAAAUAUAGAGUUAAGAUUCAUAUAAUCAUUUAAAUGGCUUAACAACUUUUUUUAGAUAUUAUUAUUCAAUUUAUAAGAUACAUGGAUUUAAUGUUUGUACAAUAAACUUAUUUAGUUAUAAGCAUUAAAUUUUGGCAUGAUAUUCUACGUUGUGCCAAUGUUAGAUUUCACAAAUAAGCCAAAAUUCAAGUAUAACAACUUCUUUACUUUCCUAUAAUAAAGUGCAUACCUUCAUUGAGAAGGACUUAGUUCUUCAAAAUGUCGUAAUUAUACAAGAAACAUUUAGUUUGAAAAUCAUAUAAUGUUACAGAAAGUCACAUAUUUUAAUUAUCGGAUUGAUUAAAUUUAUUUGAUACUAUCAAACGAGAACGAUAUCAAGUCAAUAUUGUAAAAGUAAUUGUUAUGGCUAAAAAAUAUUUUUAUGCAAUACGAAUCUUAAAUAAAACUGCUUCUUCAUUAUUACCACGCAGAGUACGUGAUAUUUGAAUUUGAGACACUACAAAAACCUGAUUUUGUUGUUAAUUAUUCAAAUUUAUAUUGCAAAGAGCAGUUACAUUGAAAUGUUAUUUGUCCCUAUAAAUAUUUUAUUUUCAGUAAUUUUUACAACCAUCAAAAAUAUUUUAAAAUUGUAUUAAUAUUGUGAUCUCAAAACGAUUAAAUUGUUCCAUAUUAUAUUUGAAAAAAUUAGAGGUCGAGUAAAAAAGCUCUUCGUCAUCGAAAUGCGUUACUUUUGUUUUGUAACGGAGAUUAUUUAAUAAAAGUAAUCAUUGAAAAUUCAAAAUAGGCAAAUUUCAACAUCUUAACGAUCUAGCGAAUUAAGAUUAGACCACAAUGUAUAGUUUUGCAGUCGAUAACUGCAGCUAAUAUAAGGAAUAAGAGAAAAAUCUUAGACUUUAUUAAUAUUUAAAGGGAUGAUUUUAUAUUAUUUACAAUAUAAAUAUUUCGUUGCAUAGAGCAAAGCUGUGAAUUCUUGCAUUUGUCUCGUUGAUUGCUACACAGUUCAAAUUAUUAUAUUGUUGAACAGUAAAUACCAUUUUACAAAACAUUGUCGUGGGCGCGAAAUGAUCUAUUUGCAUACAAUAAAAGAAGUAAUGAAAGGUCUAAAAUUUUAUAUCCUCAGAAAGUUUACAUUUAUAAUAACGAAAGACGAAAAAAAAACAAACAA